GCGGCGGGGCUCGGGCCAUGGCGGAGCUGGCGGCGGCCCCGGGGCCCCGGUGAGCCCGGCCGUGGCGGCCGCCGAGCCAGGCCCGAGCCGUCGGGGGCCUGGCGAGCGCGGCGCCGGCGACUUUCCCCGCGGAGUUGUGGUCUAGUUUGGGGGGCGGCGCGGGGCCCGGGAGCCGGGGCGCGAUCUCUCGCGGGGCCGGGAAGGGAGCGGCGGGCGGCGCGCGGAGGGGGCGGGGGAGCAUGCCCGGCUGGAGCCCGGCCUCGGGGCGCGCCCCGGCCGCCGUCCCCUCCUCCGCCUCCUCCUUCUCCUCCUCCGUCUCCUCCUCCUCCUCCUCUUCCAGUCCCGCCGCCGCCGCCGCAGCCAACAUGGCUGCGCUCCUGAGCCCGGGAGGCGGCCGCUGCUGAGCGCCGCUCGCCGCCCGGGCCCCCAGCCCGCCAGGCCCCGGCCCAUGGCCCCCGCGGCCCCGCGGCCCCAGGCGCGCUAGGGCUGCAGCCGAGCGCCCGCCGCCCGAGGCCACUCGCCGCCGCCGCCGCCGCCCGCCCGCCCGCCGGCCUCGGGGAGCCGGAGCCGUCCGCGGGGCGGGGCGGGGCGGCCCGCCACCAUGGAGCCCCAGCGCCGGGAGCUGCUCGCCCAGUGUCAGCAGAGCCUGGCCCAGGCCAUGACCGAGGUGGAGGCCGUGCUCGGGCUGCUCGAGGCCGCGGGAGCGCUGAGCCCCGGCGAGCGGCGGCAGCUGGACGAGGAGGCGGGAGGCGCCAAGGCGGAGCUGCUGCUCAAGCUGCUGCUGGCCAAGGAGCGGGACCACUUCCAGGACCUGCGGGCGGCGCUGGAGAAGACGCAGCCUCACCUGCUGCCCAUUCUCUACCUGAACGGCGUCGUCGGGCCGCCGCAGCCCUCGGAGGGCGCGGGCUCCACCUACAGCGUCUUGUCCAUCAUGCCCUCAGACUCAGAAAGCAGCAGCUCCCUCAGCAGUGUGGGUACCACCGGGAAGGCUCCAUCCCCGCCACCCCUCCUCACGGACCGGCAGGUGAACGAGAAGGUGGAGAACCUCUCCAUCCAGCUGCGGCUGAUGACCCGAGAGAGGAAUGAACUGCGGAAGCGCCUGGCCUUCGCGACCCAUGGGACGACCUUUGAUAAGAGGCCCUACCACAGGCUGAAUCCUGACUACGAGAGGCUGAAGAUCCAGUGCGUGCGGGCCAUGUCGGACCUGCAGAGCCUGCAGAAGCAGCACGCCAAUGCCUUGAAGAGGUGCGAGGAGGUGGCCAAGGAGACCGACUUCUACCACACACUCCAUAGCCGGCUCCUGAGCGACCAGACCCAGCUGAAGGAUGACGUGGACAUGCUGAGGCGGGAGAACGGACAGCUGCUGCGGGAACGUAACCUGCUGCAGCAGUCGUGGGAGGACAUGAAGCGGCUCCAUGAGGAGGACCAGAAGGAGAUCGGUGACCUCCGGGCCCAACAGCAGCAGGUGUUGAAGCUCAACGGGUCAUCAGAAAUUCUCAAUAAGCUGUAUGACACGGCCAUGGACAAGUUGGAGGUGGUCAAGAAGGACUACGAUGCCCUGCGGAAGAGGUACAGCGAGAAGGUCGCCAUCCACAACUCCGACCUGAGCCGCCUGGGGCAGCUGGAGGAGGAGAACCAGCGUCUGCUGAAGCAGGCCGAGAUGCUGACGCAGCAGAGGGACACGGCCAUCCAGCUGCAGCACCAGUGUGCGCUCUCCCUGCGGAGGUUUGAGGCGAUCCACCAUGAGCUGAACAAGGCCACGGCCCAGAACAAGGACCUGCAGUGGGAGAUGGAGCUGCUGCAGUCCGAGAUGACCGAGCUGAGGACCAUGCAGGCAAAAAUGGCAAAGGAGUCGGAGAAGUACAAGGAGGAGCGGGAUGCGGUAUACAGCGAGUACAAGCUCAUCAUGAGCGAGCGCGACCAGGUCAUCUCCGAGCUGGACAAGCUGCAGACCGAGGUGGAGCUGGCCGAGUCCAAGCUCAAGAGCAGCACGUCCGAGAAGAAGGCGGCCAGCGAGGAGAUGGAGGCCCUGCGGCAGAUCAAAGACACAGUGACAAUGGAUGCAGGGAGAGCCAACAAGGAGGCCGAACUCCUUCGAAAGCAGUGCAAGGCUCUGUGCCAGGAGCUGAAGGAAGCCCUCCAGGAGGCGGACGUGGCUAAGUGCCGGCGGGACUGGGCCUUCCAGGAGCGGGACAAGAUCGUGGCGGAGCGGGACAGCAUCCGGACGCUCUGUGACAACCUAAGGCGAGAGCGGGACCGGGCAGUGAGCGAGCUGGCCGAAGCUCUGCGAAGCCUGGACGACACGCGCAAACAGAAGAAUGAUGUCAGCCGGGAGCUCAAGGAGCUCAAGGAGCAGAUGGAGUCCCAGUUGGAGAAGGAGGCCCGGUUCCGGCAGCUGAUGGCCCACAGCUCCCACGACUCGGCCAUCGACACAGAUUCCAUGGAGUGGGAAACGGAAGUUGUGGAGUUCGAAAGGGAGACGGAGGAUAUUGACUUGAAAGCGCUUGGGUUCGAUAUGGCAGAAGGUGUGAAUGAGCCUUGUUUGCCUGGGGACUGUGGGAUAUUUGUCACUAAAGUGGACAAAGGAAGCAUUGCUGACGGCCGCUUACGGGUCAAUGACUGGCUGCUGAGAAUCAAUGACGUGGACCUCAUCAACAAGGACAAGAAGCAGGCCAUCAAGGCCCUCCUCAACGGGGAGGGGGCCAUCAACAUGGUCGUGCGGCGGAGGAAGUCCCUGGGCGGGAAGGUGAUCACACCACUGCACAUCAACCUGAGUGGACAGAAAGACAGCGGCAUCAGUCUGGAGAAUGGUGUGUUUGCCGCCGCAGUGGUGCCUGGAAGCCCGGCCGCCAAGGAGGGGUCCCUCGCCGUGGGAGACAGGAUCGUGGCGAUCAAUGGCAUUGCGCUGGACAACAAAUCUCUGAAUGAGUGUGAAUCUCUGCUACGUAGCUGCCAGGACUCCUUGACCCUUUCCCUCCUGAAGGUGUUCCCUCAGAGCUCCUCAUGGAGUGGCCAGAACAUCUUUGAGACCAUCAAGGACUCUGAUAAGAUGCUGAGCGUCCGAGCCCACGGCCCCGAGGUCCAGGCUCAGAAUAAACGGAGCUUGUUACAGCACAAUAACUCCACGCAGACGGACAUCUUCUACGCGGACAGGCUGGAGGACAGGAGGGAGCUGGGCCCCCCGGGAGGCAGCAGCUCCUUCCUGCACAAGCCGUUCCCUGGGGGACCCUUCCCAGUGUCCCCCCAGGCCUGUCCCAGCGCCUCUGAGCGCAGCCUGAGCUCCUUCCGCUCAGACACCUCUGGGGAGCGUGGCUACGGGCUGGUGGAUGUGCGCAGCCGGCGACCACUGCUGCCCUUCGAGACUGAGGGGGGUCCCUGUGGGGCGGCAGAAGCCCCCCUGGAUAAGGCAGACCCCGAAGGCUCCAGCAGCGGCGGGACCUGGCCCAAGGCCGUGCUGGGCUCCAUAGCAGGGCCCGAGAAGCUCUCUGUUUAUAAGAAGCCAAAGCAAAGAAAGUCUAUCUUUGACCCUAACACUUUCAAACGCCCCCAGACUCCCCCCAAAAUAGACUACCUGCAGCCUGGCCCUGGGUCUGCUCACUCCCCCCAGCCCUCCAAGAGGAUGGGGCCUCUGACGCCCCCAAAACCUCCCAGGAGGAGUGACUCCAUUAAGUUCCAGCACAGACUGGAAACCAGUUCCGAGUCUGAGGCCACUCUGGUGGGCAGCUCGCCGUCCACCAGCCCCCCGAGCGCACUGCCCCCUGACGUGGACCCCGGCGAACCCACGCACACCUCACCCCCUCGCAAGGGCAGGGUCCGCAUUGCUUCCAGCUACUACCCUGAAGGGGACGGGGACUCCUCCUACCUGCCUGCCAAGAAGUCCUGUGACGGGGACCUCACCUCCCAGAAAAUGGACGAGCUGGGGCAGAAGCGCCGUCGCCCCAAGUCCGCUCCUAGCUUUCGGCCGAAGCUGGCUCCUGUGGUGAUUGCUGCUCAGUUCCUGGAGGAGCAGAAGUGCAUCCCGGCCAGUGGAGAACUCUGCCCAGAGCUCCAGGAAUGGUCGCCAUACUCACCGGGGCACUCCAGCCGGCACAGCAACCCCCCAUUCUACCCCGGCAGGGCAUCUGUGGGCACUGUACCCUGGAGCAUGACCCCGAGCACCACUGUGAGCUCCAUCCUGAGGAACCCCAUCUACACCGUGCAUAGCCACAGGGUCGGCCCUUGCAGCUCUCCACCUGUGCCCAGAGAGGUCGGCCCCCAGGGUUUGCAUCCCAGCGUCCAGCACCAGGGACGCCUGAGCCUGGACCUGAGCCACAGGGUUGGCAGUGACUACUCAGAUAUGAGAGCCUCCCACGGGUCCAACUCUCUGCCCUCCAGCGCCCGCCUUGGUAAUGGGUCUUCGAGCAACUUGCAGUUCAAGGCGGAACGCAUUAAAAUCCCGUCAACGCCAAGAUACCCCCGGUCCAUUGUGGGCUCCGACAGAGGUUCGUUGUCACAUUCGGAAUGCAGCACACCUCCGCAGUCCCCCCUGAACAUCGACACCCUGUCCUCGUGUAGCCAGUCGCAGACCUCAGCCUCCACAUUGCCCAGAAUUGCCGUCAACCCUGUGGCCCUCGGGGACCGGAGGAAGGACAGGCCCUAUGUAGAGGAGCCACGUCACGUGAAGCUGCAGAAGGGCUCGGAGCCGCUGGGCAUCUCCAUCGUGAGUGGAGAGAAGGGUGGGGUCUACGUCUCCAAGGUGACAGGGGGGAGCAUCGCUCACCAAGCCGGCCUGGAGUAUGGGGAUCAGUUACUGGAGUUCAAUGGCAUAAACCUGCGGAGCGCCACGGAGCAGCAGGCCCGGCUCAUCAUUGGGCAGCAGUGUGACACUGUCACCAUCCUGGCCCAGUACAACCCACACAUGCACCAGCUCAGCAGCCACUCUCGGUCCAGCUCCCACCUGGACCCUGCCAGCACCCACUCCACACUCCAGGGCAGCAGUACCACCGCCCCAGAGCACCCCUCUGUCACUGACCCGCUGAUGGAGCAGGAGGAGGGCCCCGGCACCCCCCCGGCCAAGCAGAGCACCCCCAGUUCCAGGAUGGUGGGAGAUGUCAACAAGAAGACCCCAGAGCCGCGAGUCGUCUUCAUCAAAAAGUCCCAGCUGGAGCUUGGAGUCCAUUUAUGUGGAGGGAACCUGCACGGGGUGUUCGUGGCGGAGGUGGAGGAUGACAGUUUUGCCAAGGGCCCUGAUGGCCUUGUGCCCGGAGACCUCAUCCUCGAGUAUGGCAGUCUGGAUGUGCGCAAUAAGACUGUGGAGGAGGUCUACGUGGAGAUGCUGAAGCCCAAGGACGGUGUCCGUCUCAAGGUGCAGUACCGCCCUGAGGAGUUCACCAAGGUCAGGGGCCUGCCUGGCGACAGCUUCUACAUCAGGGCCCUGUAUGACCGGCUGGCGGAGGUGGAGCGUGAGCUGAGCUUUAAGAAAGAUGACAUCCUCUACGUGGAUGACACCUUGCCUCAGGGCACAUUUGGGUCCUGGAUGGCCUGGCAGCUGGACGAGAAUGCCCAAAAGAUCCAGCGUGGCCAGAUCCCCAGCAAAUACGUGAUGGACCAAGAAUUCUCCAGGAGACUCAGCAUGUCUGAGGUCAAAGAUGACAACAACGCUGCAAAGACGCUGUCGGCGGCCGCACGCAGAUCCUUCUUUCGAAGGAAACAUAAGCACAAACGCAGCGGGUCCAAAGAUGGGAAAGACCUCCUUGCCUUGGACACCUUUUCCAACGACACCAUUCCACUCUUCGAAGAUUCGGUGAGCCUCGCCUAUCAGCGGGUCCAGAAAGUAGACUGCACCUCCCUGAGGCCUGUCCUGAUCCUGGGGCCUUUACUGGACGUGGUGAAGGAAAUGCUGGUGAAUGAGGCGCCCGGCAAGUUCUGCAGAUGCCCCCUCGAGGUGAUGAAGGCCUCCCAGCAGGCCAUAGAGCGGGGUGUCAAAGACUGCCUGUUUGUCGACUACAAGCGGAGGAGUGGCCAUUUCGACGUGACCACAGUGGCUUCCAUAAAGGAGAUCACAGAAAAGAACCGGCACUGUCUCCUGGACAUCGCCCCCCACGCCAUCGAGCGGCUGCACCACAUGCAUAUCUACCCCAUUGUCAUCUUCAUCCACUACAAGAGCGCCAAACACAUCAAGGAGCAGAGAGACCCCAUCUACCUGAAGGACAAGGUGACUCAGAGGCAUUCCAAAGAGCAGUUUGAGACGGCUCAGAAGAUUGAACAGGAGUACAGUCGGUACUUCACAGGGGUCAUCCAGGGAGGAGCCCUGUCGAGCAUUUGCACUCAGAUCUUGGCAAUGGUCAAUCAGGAACAAAAUAAAGUCCUGUGGAUUCCGGCCUGUCCACUGUAGAAGAAUGCCAUUCUGGGAGUGGCUGUGGCUUGGCUGCCCACGGGCACGCCUGGCCCCGCUCGUGCCCAGCGGUCGGAAGUACACGUCUAUCUGUAUAUAAGCACGGAAGGGAAGGAUCCACGCACAUGGACUCCAGAAGCACCUCCUCUGUAGCCCGAGGGCCACAGGUGACCAGGACCCGGGCCCAGGCCAGAAGACCGCGUUCCUCUCACACAUGUGCUUUAAGUAAAAAACACAAGAGACUUUCGAUAGAGGGGUUCAACACCACCCUUUCCUUAGCCAGCUGAUCAGAGAUGCUGCAAAGAGAACCUUUCAGAUCACAAGUUUACAAGCCUUUUCUAAGUAUUGGUUGUUUAUGUUUACUUGAAUGGCCCCGUGCUGUCGGUGCCCAGGCCUGCCCCCCACCCUGUCAACCCCCCACGUUGCUUUGGUGUUGGGUUUUGUUCCUGCUUUCAGCAAAACGACUCUGGAACCUCGUUGGCGGCUGCAUUGCUCUGGAAGGUUCUUGUCGGUGGGACCAGAGCUUCAGCAAACUUACUGCUCCUCAGUGACCCCUCUCCAGGCAGGACACGGCGACUGCAAGGGCUCAGACAUGGUGGCAGUAGGACCAGUGCCUUUGUGGGGCUGAGGCACCAGCAGCCAUGUUCUCCCCUCCUGCGCCAGGAAGGCCACUUGGGCAUCUCGCAAGCUCGUCGCUCAGGCUUUCUGUCCCGCCUUCUGUGUCCUCUCAUUUCUUCUCUGUCUGCAAUCGUUAUGUCCGCCUUCUCGCUGGGCCGUCCAGGCUCCCUGGGGUCACCGCCAUGCCAUAGUUCCAGGCAGGGUGUAAACCGAGGGCUGGCACGUGCCACCGGGUCCUCUUUCGCUUCUGUAAAUAAUGACCGCUUUGUCAGUGCAAUUUUUGCAGGGUAAUUCUUAAACUCCAUAGGAUGGGGCAGGUACAUCAGCUCUCUCUGAUAGGAAGACACGUUUCAGACUUGGAACCAAGAGCUCUUAGGGGAAGCAUAAUGAGGAGUGUCCUCACUGUCAGACAUCUAGGGAGAAGCUGGGGAUCCUCUUAGUCUCGGUGACAGCACUCCCGGCAGAAACAGUACCCCACGAGGGCGUCUUUGGGUUUUGGGGGUUUUUCUUGUUUUGUUUUGUUUUGUUUUUGCACUUCUGACGCUGGAUGUCUCUGGCUGAAGAUUUGAUGUGGUUCCUCCUUAAACUGUGCGUCCUGUUAAUAAUAGGUACUGUACUGGGCUCCGUGUAAGCGCCACUGGGGUAGGACCUAUAUUUUAAUACUGUUCCUAACAUUUCAUUUUACUAGCAAGAAAUCUUUUAUUUCAUUUUAUUCUUUGUAAUUCUAGACACUAGAUUGUAGUUUAGCUAAACUGACGUUUUUAAAAAAGGGAUCUAUUUUCUUGUACAGUUGUUCAAAAGAGACACGUGUCAGUCCUCAGUGCUGCCCUUGGUCUCACAGGUACGCGCCUUCUUCUAGCUCAGACAACCAAGACGGACGGCGGGCUGAGGCCCUCCUCGGUGCCGCGGGGCUGUUCCUCCGGGUCGCCGGGUCGCGGUCCGAGCGGGACUAUGAUGGUACAGUGUGCACAGGUACUGUUCUGACAGACUGGGAUUUUCUGUACUAAAACCUUACUUUGUAUCAAAAGUUAAACAGACUUUAGUACAAUAAAUAAAGGUCAAUUUCUGUAA